ACAUGCCCCUGGAUCUGGCGUCUAUUCAAAACCCAAUCCUCCAUCAUCUCUUAGCAAAAGGGGCUCUAUGUUCCCUUUCCCUUCCAUGGAGUUUCCGAAGCGUCAAAAGAAGGAAAAUUUGACUGAGAGGAAGGGGCAAAAGCGUAAACUGGAGGAAGAUUUGGACGACGAUAGAGAUCUCUCUCUACCUUCCGCCGCCGCCGCCGCCGACGACGGUGACAACCACCAGGCGCUGCUCUGCGAGGUCGGCGCGCAGGUUAGCAUCCUCAGCACCACCUUCUCUUGGAAGGAAGCCGAUCGCGCCGCCGCUAAGCGCGCCACUCAUGUCCUCGCCGAGCUCGCCAAGAACGAGGAAGUUGUGAAUGUUAUAGUUGAUGGUGGUGCUGUACCGGCGCUGGUGAAGCAUCUUCAGGCGCCGCCAUUGAGCGAAGGUGACCUUAGUCCGAAGCCAUUCGAACACGAGGUCGAGAAAGGCAGUGCUUUUGCUCUAGGGCUUCUAGCUGUAAAGCCAGAGCAUCAGCAACUCAUAGUUGACAAUGGUGCCUUGCCUCAUCUUGUGGAUUUACUAAAGAGGCACAAGGAUGGUUCCAUUUCUCGGGCUGUCAAUAGUGUCAUUCGAAGAGCAGCUGAUGCAAUUACUAACCUUGCUCAUGAGAAUAGCAGUAUUAAAACCCGUGUUAGGUUGGAAGGUGGGAUUCCACCGCUCGUUGAGUUGCUUGAAUUCAUUGAUCCAAAGGUGCAAAGGGCUGCAGCUGGAGCGUUGAGAACUCUGGCAUUUAAAAAUGAUGAAAAUAAGAAUCAGAUUGUAGAAUGCAAUGCUCUUCAUACCCUGAUUCUAAUGCUCCGAUCUGAGGAUGCUGCUAUUCAUUAUGAAGCAGUUGGUGUGAUUGGAAAUCUGGUGCACUCAUCCCCAAACAUUAAGAAGGAAGUUCUUGUUGCUGGAGCUUUGCAACCUGUUAUUGGAUUGCUCAGUUCUUGCUGCUCUGAGAGCCAAAGGGAAGCAGCUUUAUUACUUGGACAAUUUGCCGCUACCGAUUCAGAUUGCAAGGUGCAUAUUGUGCAGAGAGGAGCUGUCCAGCCUUUGAUUGAGAUGCUUCAAUCCCCAGACGUACAGCUUAGAGAAAUGUCGGCCUUUGCACUGGGUAGGUUGGCACAGGAUGCUCACAACCAAGCAGGUAUUGCUCAUAAUGGUGGUUUGGUGCCAUUGCUGAGGCUUCUUGAUUCAAAAAAUGGGUCUCUGCAACAUAAUGCUGCAUUUGCUCUUUAUGGCCUUGCAGAUAAUGAGGAUAAUGUGGCUGAUUUUAUCAAGGUUGGUGGCGUUCAGAAGUUGCAGGAUGGAGAAUUCAUUGUUCAAGCAACGAAAGAUUGUGUAGCCAAGACACUGAAAAGAUUAGAGGAGAAGAUUCAGGGACGGGUUUUGAGCCAUUUGUUAUAUCUGAUGCGCAUAGCAGAGAAGACUGUUCAAAAACGAGUUGCUUUGGCUCUUGCCAACCUUUGUUCUGCAGAGGAUCAGAGAACAAUAUUCAUUGAUAACAAUGGAUUAGAGUUACUACUUGGUCUUCUUGGUUCCACGAACCUAAAGCAGCAACUUGAUGGUUCUAUAGCCUUGUACAAGUUGGCUAACAAAGCCACGACUCUUUCUCCCAUUGAUGCGGCUCCUCCAUCUCCGACGCCACAGGUGUGUGUCCUUUUUAUUGUUAGUUUAUUUUGGCCCAUGUGUUCUGUUAGAUUUGGAAUUAUUUCAAACAAUUAGCAGGACUAGUAUUUG